UCUGGCUUGAUUGGCAGUUCUUCCAUGGCAUUAUCCAGCAACAACUCUGAAGCUCCAGUCUCUGAAUUCUUCCUCAUCUGCUUCCCUAACUACCAGACUUGGCAGCAUUGGCUGUCCUUGCCCCUCAGCCUCCUCUUCCUCCUGGCCAUGGGGGCCAAUGCCACCCUUCUCAUCACCAUCAGGAUGGAGGCCUCUCUUCAUGAGCCCAUGUACUACCUGCUCAGCCUUCUCUCCCUUCUGGACAUUGUGCUCUGCCUCACUGUCAUACCUAAGGUCCUAGCCAUCUUCUGGUUUGACAACAAAUCCAUCAGCUUCUCUGCCUGCUUCCUCCAGAUGUUCAUCAUGAACAGUUUCCUGACGAUGGAGUCCUGCACCUUCAUGGUCAUGGCCUAUGAUCGCUAUGUGGCCAUCUGCAAGCCUCUGCAGUACCCAUCUAUCAUCACAGACCAGUUUGUGGCUAGAGCUGCCAUCUUUAUUAUAAGCAGGAAUACAUUUUUUUCUCUUCCUGUCCCUAUCCUUUCUGCCAGACUAAAGUACUGUGCUCAGAACAUUGUCAAGAACUGCAUCUGCACCAACUUGUCUGUAUCCAAACUCUCUUGUGAUGACAUCACCUUCAAUAAACUAUACCAGCUUGUAGCAGGUUGGACCCUGCUGGGCUCUGACCUCAUCCUCAUUGUUCUCUCUUACUCUUUUAUCUUCAAUGUUGUGCUCAGGAUCAAAGCUGAGGGAGCUGUAGCCAAAGCCCUGAGCACAUGUGGUUCCCACUUUAUCCUCAUCCUCUUCUUCAGCACAGUCUUGCUGGUGCUGGUUAUCACAAACCUGGCCAGGGAGAGGAUUCCCCCGGAUGUUCCCAUCCUUCUCAACAUCCUGCAUCAUCUCAUCCCCCCAGCUCUGAACCCCAUUGUUUAUGGAGUAAGAACCAAAGAGAUCAAGCAGGGAAUCCAGAACUUGCUGAGGAGGUUGUAAGAGGUACUCAGUGCCUUU